AUGGUGUUAGAUUCAAGUCAGGAAAAGGAUAUUUCCGAAUUAAAAAAAAAACGUGGCAUAAUUAAGGCAUCACUUACGCGAAUGAAGACAUUUGUUUCUAAGUUUGACGUAAAUGAAGAUCCAAUUACACUGUUGGAAUUCAGACAAGAAGAGCUGCCUGUAAUAAACAAAAAAUUUGAUGACACACAAACUCAGUUGGAACUUCUAGUCGAAGACCAAGAUUUAGAAGAAGAGGAACAACCUAUUUCACUGCCAACAUUCAGUGGCGAUAUUCAAGACUGGGAAUCUUUUUAUGAUUGCUUUCGUGUCAUGGUGCAUGAAGAUACUGGACUUUCUUCAGCCCAAAAAUUUUAUUAUUUAAGAUCAAGUCUCGCUGGAGCUGCACUCAACUUAGUGAAAUCUGUACCAAUGACAGACAUAAAUUAUGAAAUUGCAAUAAAUCGCUUAAAACAAAGAUAUGAUAAUCAAGGUCUUGUGAUACAAUCACAUAUUCGCUCGAUAUUGGAUACUCCACACAUCCAAAAACCCACUGCAAGUGAGCUACAAGGUCUUCAUGCCCACAUCUGUGUUCAUAUUGCAGCUCUUAAGGCUUUGAAACAACCAACGGAUCAAUGGGAUGCCUGGCUAGUAACCAUUAUAGUAAGUAGACUAGAUCCAGCAACAAGUCAGGAUUGGCAGUUGCGCCAAGAAUCCACUGACCUACCAAAAUAUAAGGCAUUAGAAAGUUUUUUAUCAAGCAGAUGUGUUGCAUUGGAGAACUCUAACUUCAAUAAACAGAGUUCAAGUGAAGUGAACAGCCAACAAAUUACGUCAAGAAGGAAGGAAUACGAACAAAAAUCGAAGAAACUCACUUUAAUUGCUGGAACCGAAAAUAUCAUCUGCCCCAAGUGUAAUGGCCAACACAAAAUAUAUGCCUGUGAAAGUUUUAAGAAACUUACUGCUAUAGAACGUCUUAAUGUAAUCAGGGAUGCAAGACUUUGUUUCAAUUGUUUAUCUGGAUUUCAUUUAGCGAAUGUUUGCAAGUCAAAGUUUUCAUGUAGUCGUUGCCAUCGUAGGCAUAAUACACUACUUCAUCUUGAGGGACGAUCAGAUAAUACCAAUAACAACAUAACAAACGAUGUACAAGAGGAAAACUCUUUACCAGUAUCUUCACCUCAAGUUUCAAUGGCAGCUACAUUAGCAAAUAGUUAUGUUUUCUUAUCAACUGCGGUCGUUCUAGUCACAGACAAUAAUGGCAGGGCUCAUAAAUGUCGUGCAGUGUUAGACAGUGGCUCCCAAAUAAAUUUCAUUUCCAAGGGUCUCCAAAAUAAAUUGAAAUUGCCCAGUGAAAGGAUUUUAUUACCAGUAUGUGGAAUUGGAACAAGCCGGCUGCAAACUACUUCGAGAGUCAAUAUUCAAGUACAGUCGUGUAUUUCAUCAUUCAAUCUCAAUAUGGCAUGUCAUGUCAUACCUACUGUGGUAAGUGAUCUUCCAGCUUGCAAGGGGCCCAAGGAUGGCUGGAAAAUAAGUAACAAUUUGGCAACACAAUUAGCUGACCCAAAAUUCGACCAGGCAGGUCCAGUGGAAUUAUUAAUAGGUGCUGGUAUAUUUUUUGAUAUACUGACCCCUGAAAGAAUUCCAUUAAACGUUGGAAACAUAUCCUUACAAGGCACUAAACUUGGGUAUGUCGUUACUGGUGAAAUCGGUAUGACUUGUCUUUUAGGAAUUAGCAGGUCUCUGGAAGAAAACUGGGAGGCGAUUCAACCGAAGGAAGAACAGCUAUUUGGCCGCUAUUCAAAAUUAAACCUUCGAUGUGCAGAGGAACAAGAAGUUGUUGAUCACUUUAUGAAGACAUUUACCCGAAAUUCUGAUGGUCGAUUUGUAUUACGAUUGCCCACAAAUUCAAAGGUUGAUGAGUUAGGAGAUAGCCUGAAUAUGGCAACUUGUCGUUUCAUGAACGUCGAGAGAAGGCUUCAACGUGACAAUCAACUACGUGUGGAGUAUAUCAAAUUUAUGACCGAAUACUUAGAAAUGGGUCAUAUGGAAGAGAUCAAGGACGAUGUAACAACCAUGCCAAUAUUUUAUUUACCACAUCAUGCCGUUAUAAAAUCAUCAAGUUUAACCACGAAGGUCAGAGUCGUGUUUGACGCGUCCGCAAAGGGAUCAAAUAGUAUUGCAUUGAAUGAUGUGCUUAUGCGCGGACCAAGUAUACAAGAAGAUUUAUUUUCUAUUUUGAGUCGGUUCCGCAAACAUCAAAUUGUUAUAACUGCUGAUAUUGAAAAGAUGUUUAGACAGGUAGAAGUAGCCAAAGAAGAUCGAGAUCUACAACGGAUAGUUUGGAGAAAGCAUCCCAGCGAAGUUUUGCGUAAGUAUCGAUUGAACACAGUAACUUAUGGCACCACUCCAGCUUCUUUCAUGACAACAAAAUGUUUAGACGAACUAGCAAGGGAAAAUGAAGUACUAUUCCCAAAUGCAUCCAAGACGAUAAGACGAGAUUUCUAUAUGGAUGAUAUUAUGACUGGUAGUGAUUCAGAAGAAGAAUGUUUAAAAUUACAGCAAGAU